UCGGUGACUUGACCUUCAAGCUUCCUCUUGUUCACUCGCUUUCGACAAAAAUUUUCUUCAAUUUACUUGUGUUGUAAGAUCUCUCAAGAUGGGCGAAGCAAAGCCCUCGUCUCCACCAGUAGCUCCCACCUCCUACCCCUCACCCCAGCAGAUCUCGCCCCACCUAGCUCUUCAACCUCCACUAUCCCGCCGCGGCAAAGGUCCAGGUCUUAUUUUGGUUCUUGACCACUAUGCGCUGAUUGAGGCGAGUGAGCAGCAUUUGGACCCCCCACCGCUGCAGAAAUGGGCCGAGGAGGGUUUCGCAGUCGCACAGGUUCUUGUGCCGGGGAAGGUAGAGGAUGGUGGCGAAUUCCCAUUGGAUAGGGCGUUGGAAGUGCUUAAAGGGUGUGAGGAAUGCGUGUUUGGGAAGGGUGUUGGCGUUGUUUCAUACCUCUCCAGACUCCCUUUCUACGUCGAAGAGGGCGUAAUCCAGCACCCCGAAAUCCUUGCCGUAGUAUCCUACGGCGGCCGCCAACUCUCCACCCUCCACGAAGCAGACACCGCCCUUCCUCCCCAACUCGUCCACGUCUCCGGUCCCAAAGUUGCCCGUCGAGAGUCCCUCCCCUUGAAUCCCGAUCCAGAGCCCUCGUACUCAUCGCCAACGCCAACGCGCCCUGCCGGCAUCGUGAAGACGUUCCGCUACGAAGAUGCAACCAAAGACUCGAAUUGGGUGCUCCCUGCUGAUCCCACUUACUCGAAGCGCAAUGCGGGGAUUGCGCACGCAAGGAGUGUGGCGUUCCUCAAGCCGUUUCUGAAUGGACCGUAUUUUGAUCUGGAGGCCGUGUGGGAUGAGCAUUGUUUGUAUGAGUUUGGGGAGAGGGCGGUGGAGAAGACAAUGGCGACUAUGGUGGCGCAGCCUUAUGUUAACCAUAUCCCGACCAUGACGGGCGGAAUCGGCAAAGAAAGACUAACAGCUUUCUACACGCACCACUUUAUCUUCAGCAAUCCGGACGACACCGCACUCUCGCUCGUAAGCAGAACAGUAGGCACCGACCGCGUCAUUGACGAAUUCGUCUUCUCCCUCACCCACGACAAAGAAGUGCCCUGGCUGCUCCCCGGCAUCCCACCCACGGGGAAGAAACUCGAGAUCCCAUUCACGUCCAUAGUAGCCAUGCGCGGCGACAGACUGUGCCAUGAGCAUAUCAGCUGGGACCAGGCGACCGCGCUGAAGCAAUUGGAUCUGUUGCCGGAGUAUGUGCCGUUUCGACACCCGAUUGAUGGGAGGGGGGCUUCAGAGGGGAAGAGGUUUGAGGUUAAGUUACCGGUGGUGGGAAAGGAGACGGGGAGGAAGUUGGUAAAUGAGGGGAGUGAGGAGAGUAAUGCGUUAAUGGGGAGGAGUUGGAGGGAGGUCGAUGACGUGUGAAGGAUAUUUUGAUAAUUUUGCACAUGUGUAGGUAGAAAUUUGUAACAGUAUUGCAAUUGAUUGAAUCAUGCG